AUGACCGUUCCGAACGAUGCCAACGCCGCGCGCAAGCCUCCUUUCCUGCGCUCGCGCGACGAGUACAAGACGCUCUUUGAUAGCGUGGACACCUUCCUCCUCGACUGCGACGGCGUCAUCUACCACGGGCCCGUCGUCGUGCCAGGCGUCAAACGCGUGCUGCAGAUGAUGCGGGAUGCGGGCAAAAAGGUCAUCUUCGUGACGAACAACGCGACAAAGUCGCGCGCGAUGUACAAGAAGACGUUUGACAAGCUGGGCAUCCCCGUGGACGAGGCCGAGAUCUUCGGCAGCGCGUACGCGUCCGCAGUGUAUAUGCGCGAAGUGCUCAACUUCCCCGAAGACAAGCGCGUGUACGUCCUCGGCGAAAAGGGGCUCGAGGACGAGCUCGAUGCCAAGGGGAUCAAGCGGACGGGCGGCACGGACCCGGAGGACCGCGUCUUCCUCCCCUCCAUGGACUUUAGCGCGUACAAGCCUGAUCCGACGAUUGGCGCGGUGCUGUGCGGCUUCGACAGCGGUAUCAACUACAAGAAGCUGUGCAAAGCGUACUCGUACCUCCGCGACGACCCGUCGGUGCACUUCCUCCUCACGAACCAGGACAAGACGUUCCCGACGAACGGCACGACGUAUGUCGGGUCCGGCUCGCUCUCGGCGCCCCUUGUCUUUGCACUCCAGGGCAAGCGCGAGCCCACCGUCAUCGGCAAGCCGAACAAGCCGAUGAUGGACGCCAUCAUCGCCGAGCACCACUUCGACCCCAAGCGCGCCCUCAUGGUCGGCGACAACCUCCUCACGGACAUUGCGUUCGGGAACAACUCGGACGUACGCACCCUGCUCGUCAUGGGCGGGGUCACGCACAAGGAGGAGGUGUAUGGCGAGAACCCGUCCGAGAUCGUGCCUACUUUCGUCAUGGAGAGCCUGGGCGAUCUCGAGCAGCUCCUCGACAACUAGACUAGAGUAGAGUGUCAGAUGAUGUAGUGCAAGCG